CACUCUGUAGUUGGCGUUCGUGUUGACUGGCCAGAGUCCGCGAGCUCUCUUUUACAACCAUUUCCCCCUCUUUUUUAUCAUCAAUUUGCUCUUCUACCCUCGUUUUCCAGUGCUCUCUCCAUCCUCUGGGCUAGGUUAUCUUUCCGCACACAACUUCCUGGUUGCAUUCUGCGUGCUGAUUGGCCAUGUCCUACCACAGUUUCCUCCUGGAACCAAUCAGCUGUCACGCCUGGAACAAAGACCAGAGCCAAAUCGCCCUGUGUCCCAACAACCAUGAGGUACACAUUUACAAGAAGGAUGGAGCCAAGUGGACGAAAGUGCAUGAACUGAAGGAGCACAAUGGACAAGUGACAGGGAUAGACUGGGCUCCGGAGAGUAACCGUAUUGUGACCUGUGGAGCCGACCGGAACGCGUACGUGUGGACGCUCAAAGAUGGUGUCUGGAAGCCCACUCUGGUCAUCCUGCGCAUCAACCGCGCUGCCCGCUGUGUUCGCUGGGCCCCACGUGAGAACAAGUUUGCAGUGGGCAGCGGCUCCAGGCUCAUCUCCAUCUGCUACUUUGAACAGGAGAAUGACUGGUGGGUGUGUAAGCACAUCAAGAAGCCCAUCCGCUCCACCAUCCUCAGCCUGGACUGGCAUCCCAACAACGUCCUGCUGGCAGCCGGCUCCUGUGACUUCAAAUGCAGGGUGUUCUCGGCCUAUAUAAAGGAGGUGGAGGAGAAGCCUGGUCCCACGCCCUGGGGCAGUAAGAUGCCAUUUGGGGAGAUGCUGUUUGAGUCAGGGGGCUCUGGAGCAGUGUCCCAGCCCAGCGCAGGGGCAUCAGGAGGGGGCGGCUGGGUGCACUCCGUCUGCUUCUCUCACUCUGGAAACAAAUUGGCCUGGACCUCCCAUGACUCCACCGUGUCUGUGGCUGAGGGGGGCAAGAGUGCCACUGUGAGCAGCCUGAGUUCAGAGACCCUCCCUCUGCUCUGCGUCACCUUCAUCACAGAGAACAGUCUAGUGGCUGCAGGACACGACUGUUACCCUGUGCUGUUUGUGUACGACGGAGCCAAGGGCAGCCUGGUGUUUGGGGGGAAACUGGAUGUGCCCAAGCAGUCGGCACAGAAGGGCAUUAGUGCCAGGGAACGCUUCCAAAACCUGGACCGCAGAGCUUCGGAAGGCCAGGGCAGUGACAAGGAGCUCAGCAGCCUGCACAAGAACAGCAUCAGUCAAAUCUCGGUGCUGGAUGGAGGGCGGGCCCAGUGUACCAGGUUUUGCACUACAGGCAUGGACGGAGGGAUGACCAUCUGGGACGUCAAGACUCUGGAGAAUUCAAUGAAGAACCUGAAGAUCGUCUGAACUGGAGUUGGCUCAGAGCCUCAGACAUAAAUAUAUGCUGCCACAUUAUGCUUUUAGCUGGAAAAUGAAUGGAUAUCUUAAAACAAGCAGACCUCAGUGCAUAUAGUCAAACUGAAGGAGCGAGCUUAGGUCUGGACAUGGUACUAAAACCCCUUUGUAUGAAUCCUGAAAAUGCUUAUGCUGGUCAUAAACAGUCUUUGAAUAAACAAUGCUGUGACAAAA